UUAUAUGAUUAUUCUUGCAAUAUUUCAGGGGGAGUACAUGGAUAGCCAAACUCUAUGGGAGAGAAUGAAUGAAGCCAUUGAUACAAUCAUUAGGAGAGAUCAAAGCUCUGAAACUGAAACUGCAGACUUGUUACCGCCUUGUGUUGAAGCUUCCCUAAAUUUGGGAUGUGUUCCUUUAAGAGCAUCUAGAAGCCAAUGUAAUUCAUACUCAAGAAGUUAUCUUUCUCCAAUCAUCCAAGAACAAGAACAUGAAUCUCUUACAAAUCUGUUAAAACAUCCAUUGGAAAUUCUUCAUGCUUCCACUAGUAAACAGUUAAAUCCAAUUCAACCUAAUGUGUUCGAAGAUAAACCUAACGGAGGAUUUGAGUGUGAUUUAACUUUGCGGUUAGGUUCAUCAACGACAACAACAACAUUUGGUAUCGAUCUUAACAGUGUAAUUCCUAAAGAGGAAGCAACUGUUGAAUGGAGGAAAAGAAAGGCAUCAGUUUUCACUCAAGAAUGGCAUCAAAGGAAAAAACCAGGUCCGUUUUAAUAUGAUUUUUUUAUUUAUUUUUUUGUGAUCAAAUAUAUGUAUAUAUAGAUAAAAAGAUAUAUAAGUUAAUUAAUUACUUGUAUCUUGAUAUUGAUUUGUCGACUGAUUAGGACAUUCGUAAUCAGUGUUGACAUUUGAGAGAGCUGGCCUUCUCUUGUCCU